AUGAGUAACGCGGUUUUAACUUCUGCAGAUUUUGAUUUUAGUAAGAAUGAAAUCAAGUCCUACGUAAAAUUAACUCUUCGUAAGGGAGAUGUUGUUGGUGUAACAAAAGAUAAUAUUGCUGGAUGGAGUAUUGGUAAAAUUGGUGAUCGAAUUGGAUUAUUUCCAGCCUCAUUCGCAUCACCAGUUAAAUGUGCAGAAGAGCAAGCAGGUAAAAUUGUAUUAAAGAUUUGGAGAAGUUACAAAUUUAAAAAGGGAUUAUUAGGAAAAAAUAGAGUUAGAGAAAUUAUGUGUAUCGUUAACGAAUUGGUGGACACAGAGAAGAGUUAUUUGUACUUUUUGGAAAUUCUUGAUACUCUUUAUAUUCAAAUGUUUGAACAAAGAAUUGAAGCUAAAAAACCAAUUAUUUCACAAGAUGAAAUUAAGAAACUCUUUGGUAAUGUGAGACAAAUCAGAAAUUUAACAAAAAUUCUAUUGAAUGAAAUUCAAAAACAGAAAGAUGAAAUUACUAAUAGUGGCAAUAUUCCAAAGAUUCUUGAUGUAUUUGUUAGACAUCUUCCAUUUCUAAAUUUCUAUAGUGAUUAUGUUAAAGGUUAUGAUAUGGCAGUUGAAAUUACUAAUGAUUUAUGUAAGAAGAAUAAGGAAUUUGAAAAAAUAUUGAAACAAUUUAGAGAUGAUCCAAGAUCUAAAGGAUUAGGUUUAAGAGAUUUAUUACCAAAACCAAUGCAAAGAAUAUUUGGUUAUAAGAAUUUGUUUGAUAGAUUAGUUAAGAUUACACCAUCAGAAUCUGUAAUUUAUUGUAAAGUAAAAUCAUUGGGUGAUAAUAUGGAAAAGAUUGUAUCAAGAAUUAAUGAAAGUAAGAGACAUUUUGAAACCACACAAAAAGUAGCAAGUCAACUUGGUAAAUUAUUAAUUUCAUGGAGAAAAUUCAUGAAGGAAGGUAGAAUUAGAAUUGUAAAUGAAAAGGGAGAAGAAUGGGCAGAUUGUUAUUUGGCAUCUGAUAUAUUUGCUUAUACAACAGGAAAGAAAGAUAUUGCUUAUUUCCCAUUAGUAUUUACUACUUUAUCUGAUAAUGGUGAAACAUCUUUAAUUUUAUUAACUCUUAAUGAACCUCCACUCAUGUUAAGAUUUUCUGAUGUUUCUGAAAAGAAUGAAUGGUUUAACUUGACACGAAGAAAUAUUGAAGAAGAAAAAGCUCUCAAUGCUAAAAAGUAUAAUAUUACAAAUCCAAUUGAUGAAGCUAGUAGAUGGGUUCAAUCAAUUGGUGAAUUUGAACAAAAGAAUAAGGCAAUUGAUAUGUUAAUAGCUGAAUAUUCUGUUCAUAAAGCAUCAUUGAAAGAGUAUGAAAGUUCUAUCAAUUCAUACAAGAGUGAAAUUAGAGAUUUGAUUGAAAAUAUUAAAAAGAUACAUGAAGAAAGAAAGAAAUUAGAUAAUACUUUAGAAGAAAGUAAGAAUAUUCAAGAAUUAGUGAAUGAGCAGGAAUCAUUAUUAUCAACUGUUGAAAAACAAAGAGAAAUGUUCCUUAGUUUAUGUACCGAUGAAAGUUCAUUUAGAAAAUUAUUUGGAACAUCUGAUACUAAAUUCCAAGCUGAAAAAGGAAACUUUGAUCAAGUUAGAAAUCAAAGAAAUUCAUUCGAUUCUCAAAAUUCAAAUUAUUUAACCUCAAAUGUAAUUAUUGAUGCAAAAACUCAAGAAUCGAUUGAACAAUUGAAGAGAGAAUAUGGAGAAGAAUUUUCACUUAUUCACAAUGUUAUUCAACAAUUGGAUCAUCAAGAAAUUAAUUAUGAAAUGGUUUAUCAAAAACAAGAAUAUGAAAAUAGAAACAAGUUUUUGGAAGAAAGAAAUAGAACCCUUGAAGAGAAUAAUCAGAAAUUGAAUAGAAAAGUUACAAAAUUAUAUGAAAAGAUUAAAUUACUUGAAAGCAGUAUGACUGAAACUUUACAAAAGAAUAGUUUUGACAAAUUCUCAAUUGAAAUUAAGAGUUUAUUUGAACAAAAUGAUGAAAUCAAUGUUAAAAAAAUUGAAACUGCAUGUGAAAGAAUUGGAGCUAGUGAAAUUGAUAGUAAAUAUGAAGAAACUAUCAAGAAGAAGGAUGCAGAAAUUGAAGAGUUGAAGAAGAUAAUUUCUGAUUUUAAUAAUGCUAGAAACGAUGAUGAAGUUAUUGAAGAUGUCAAUGAAUUAAGUAGUAGAAAUGCUAAAUUGAUGAAUGAAAUUAAAUUAGUAACAACAACAUUGGGUAAUGUUAGAGAAGAAAAGAUUAAUGAGAGAAAACAUAUUUCUAAACAAUUAGAAGAACUCUCAAUUACAUACAAAUCCCAAAUUCAAUACUACAUUUCAACAAACAAAAUGUUGUUGAAUCAAAUUUCAACUUCCCAACAAGCUGUUACUGAUAUGCAAUUAGAACUUGCAAAUAUGUUUGAAAAAUUGGAAAGAAACUUUAUCAGAAACUCUGAUAGUAGCCAAACAAUUGAUGAGUUAAGACAACAAUUGGAAAAGUCAAAACAAGAUAAUAUGAAACUUCAAUUCUCUCUUGCCCACUCAAUCACAAAGGAAAUGAAAUGUCAAAAGUUGUUGGAAGAAGAAAAGCAAAAACUUAUCCAAUCCGAACAAAAACUGUCUCAAUCUGAUCAAGAACUCAACGCGUUGAGAAGAAAAUCUUUCAGACUCCCAACAACUGAAACAUUACCAUCAAGAUUCUCAAUCAGAGAACUUCCAGAAACACCUAUAACAACUCAAGUUUUCCAAAGAGUAGAACCAAAAGAAUUGCCACAAAGACCUGUUUCCAUGGUUAUUCCUGAAUCAGCUUCAAACGAUAUUCAGGAAGAAAUUGAGGAUUAUGUGGACCCUACAAGUUCUGAUAAACCAAGAGCUUCUCCAAUGAGAAGUAGUAUUUCAAAUGAGGAUCCUAGAAGAAGAACUAUCAGCUUCUUGAAUCCAUUGCUUGGAAUGAACAGUAAACAAGAUACAAAUUUGAUAGAUGAAAUGAAGAAUCGUUUCAGUCUUAAAAAGAAAUAA